AUGAGCGAGGACAUGGAGGAAGCUGCUCGCCCGCGCCCAUCGCGCUUCAAGGAGCAUACAAACACAAACAGCACCAUUCGCCCGCCGCCCGAGGAACUGUGGAAAGACGUUGCCAUUGACGAUCUGAUUGAGCAGUACAACGAGGAUAAUGCGCAACCGCCCUCGUCGGCCCCAGCGCAGGCCAAUUCGGCCUCUGGACCGGGCGAGGGCACGUAUGCGCGCAUACAGCGCGCUUUUGCGUCCAUGUUCGGCAGCGUCCUGGGCAAGCGCAAGGCCGGCAGCAUGGAUGCUGAGCGAGAUAGAGAGCAGCAGCUUCAUCAGCAGCUGCUUGACGAGCGCAAGAAGGCUGCUGAAAUCGCCUACUAUGAGGCCAAGGAUCGUGGCCUCCUUCCAACGCCAAAGGUGUUUGCCGCAACUCCAAUGCGCAUACCAGGCACGCCACGGACGCCAGGCCUUCACCACACGCCCAGCAAGAAGGACCUGCAGAAGCAAAAGAAGCUCAGCAAGCGCGUCUCGGACCUCGAAUUCAAGCUCGCCUCUGCCCGCAAAGAGCUCCACACCGUCCUCUACAACGACCUACCUCCUGCUCCCCCCGUCCCCAAAUUCGCACCACCCACCCCCGACGUCACCCAGAGCGAAAACGAGCCCGCCUCGCCCGAAGCCCGCACCUCGACCUCAUCCAACAACGCCACCGCCCCACGAAGCAUGGGCCGCAUCCUCAAAAAGCGCAAAACAACCGCCGCUGCCCACGACUCGGACACAGAUUACAAACCCCUUCCCACCGAUUCCGAAGGCGACACAGACAUGCUCUCCCACGCCAAAUCUUCCGCGUCUCGCAAGAAGAACAAGAACUCCAAGCGCCAGAGCUCCCGCCUUCGCAACAAGUUCUCGAGAAGCAGCUUCAAGCAAGAUAAACCCGUUUGCGUUGUCCCCGAUGGCGUCAACGUCCCCGACGUACCUAGCUUGCCGCAAGAUGUGCAGGAUGAGGUUAAGAGUAGGGCGAGGAAGGGGGGUAGAGAUGAUGGGUAUGGAGGGUUGGGUCAUGAGAUUUUUUAG